AUGGGGCCCACAAUGGUCAUCAAGGUUUUUGCCUUGAUCGCAAUCACCAUAGCAAUAUCCAUUAUUGCAUUAAGCUCCAUUAACAUAACCCACCAAAACCAUCACGAAACCCUACACCAGCCCACCAGCCCGGUGGUAGUUCCCUCGAAGAGGCCCGUAAGUCGGUUUCUAGCUGAACACAAUAAAGAUUAUCUACACCAUGGAAGAAGCUUAAAGCCGGCUGAUCAUUGUCACAAGGAUUAUGAAGUUUGUGACAUUAUGUAUGGAAAAAACUACACAUGUUGUGGGAAUAAAUGCUUUGAUCUCAACAUUGAUAAGAAUAAUUGUGGAGCUUGCCAUAAAAAGUGUAAGUUUACGUAUGAUUGUUGCAAUGGAAAGUGCGUUGACAAAGCGUAUGAUAAGAGGCAUUGCGGGAGAUGCAACAAUAAGUGCUUAAUUGGACAAUAUUGUGUUUAUGGGAUGUGUGAUUAUGCUUAAUAA